AGCAAGCUUUGGGGCGACUUCAACACGGCCCACACCAAGAGACACACAAAAUCAUUUAUAAACAAACACACAGGCAAACAUACACACAUGCACACACACACCCCUUCCACUUCUCAUAGUCUGAGCAACGCAGGAUCAGAAGGACUAGUCUCUCUCUCCGCCAUGAAGUCCAGUUUUUCUCUGCUCUUCUGUUUCCUGUUAAUUUCCACUGGAUCGUCUGCGGUCAUAACUGGGGCGUGUGAGAUGGACUCUCAGUGUGGCGGGGCCAUGUGCUGCGCAGUUAGCCUGUGGAUCAGGAGCCUGCGGAUGUGCAGCCCAAUGGGACUGGAGGGAGAGGACUGCCACCCAAUGAGUCACAAAGUACCAUUCUUAGGCAGAAGGAUUCAUCACACAUGCCCCUGCCUGCCAAACCUGGCAUGCAUGAGAACAACAGAAGGCAAAUUCAAAUGCUUGCCACCUUACAAGAACCAAGACUAUUAUUUCUGAGAGUAAAGAGAUCCAAAGUAUUUAUGUGUACAGUAACAGUGUAUUGCACAUUAAAAUACCUAUUUCCAUUAUUUUUAUCAAAAAGAAAA